ACAAGCUUGGGCCAAAGGAUAAAAAACUUCCCUUCAGCUUAUCCUGCCAUUACAGUACUCUCUUGGCUGGGUUCAGCCAACCCGGGCCGGGUGCUUCCGGCUGGAUGCCGAGACGACGGGCGAGGCAAGGCAAAGCUUGAUCCGGGGUUUCAAGCACCAAGCACGACGGGAGUGGUGGAGAGUUCAGGGAAGCUUCCCUUGGUUCCCUUGAGGUUCCAGGGUCAAAUGUUCUUAUCGCCUUGUCGCUCCACUAUGAAGCCCCCUCAUGUCGUCAUCGGCGGUCUUGUCUGUGGUGUUGAUAUUGGCAUUCAUGUGCAUAUGGAUAUGGAUAUGGAUAUGGAUAUGGAUAUGGAUAUGGAUAUGGAUAUGGAUAUGGAUAUGGAUAUGGAUAUGGAUAUGGAUAUGGAUAUGGAUAUGGAUAUGGAUAUGGAUAUGGAUAUGGAUAUGGAUAUGGAUAUGGCUUGGAUAUGA